AUGCAACUAUCGAAGGAACAACCCAAGCUACUCGGAAUAAGUUCAAAACGCCUCUGUGCAAUACUAGAUGGCGCAGAACCACCAUCCGAUACGGAGUCAUCAAGCGGGUCUCCUGACCAGUUUGAGACCAUUUCACUGGACAGCAUCUCUUCGGAUGAGGAAAUUCUGAGUCAAGAUAGCAGUAGGAAGAAGAAGCACAAACAUAAGCACAGGGACUUAAAAUCGAAAUCAAAGAAGAAGAGAGCGAGAGAAUCUUCAACAGAAGAUGUUGAACAGUCCAAAGCAUCCCGUGCAGGUCUCACUGUGCUUGAACUGCUGGAGUUGCAGGCGAGGGCUAGAGCUAUUCGAGCGCAAUUGCAGCAGGAACAACUUACUAAACAACAAACAGAAACAGAAGUCGCUCAAUCUUCGUCAUCUGAUGGCGAGGUAGAGAUUAAAGAGGAGCCAGCUGAAGUAUUGAUCAUCAGCAGCAGUGAGGAUGAGAAGCCUGACUUAAAUGAGCUUCAAAAAGAAAUUCCUCCAAAAGAAAAAGAAUUACCAAAGGAAUCCUCCAAACAAAUGAAGAAAGAUAAGAAGAAGAAAGAGAAAGGCAAGAAAGAUAAAAAGGAUAAAGAUGUUGACAAAGAUAAAAGAAAGGAUUCUACAACCAAAGAUACCGAACAAAAUACUUCUAAAGUACCUGAAAAUGUUAAAGUAUCUAAUGAGAGUCCCCAGAAAAUUACUAAAAAGAUUAAUGAUUUAAUAAUAACUGUACCUCAACAAGCUACAAGAAAGAUUAAACUUAACCGCAAUAAAGUAACUGUCUCAGUUAGUAAAGAAAACAAUGAGGAACCAAACCGAAUAGUAAAAGUUACUGAUGAUAAGUCAAAAAAGAAAAAAAGAAGGAAACGUAUAAAUGCAGAUAAAGAUAGUGAUCACGAUGAAAUUACACUACAAUUGUCUGACACUGAGAAGAUGGAUUUGUUAGAAGAUUUCGAUAGGAAAAGUUACGAUGUAGUAUCCAGUACUAGUAACGAGGAUACUGAUAGUAGUGCGGAUACUGAAAGUGAUUCUAAUAACUCUAAAAAUACAUCGAAAGACAGCUUGAAAGAUACUACUAUUCAUGAUAAACAUACAUCUAUUGAAAUUAAAGAUCCAACAAAAGUUCAUGAAAUAGAUAAUAAAUUAUCUAGUAAUGAAGAAUCCGUAAAACAGAAAAGUUUGCAAAAUCCUCAAGAAAAUAAUAAAACAGAUUCAGAAGAUACAAUAACUGAAACUGAAACAUUUGAAACGAUCGCUGAAAUUGUUAAUUGUCCAAAUAAAACCGUUGAAGUUGAUAUUUCCGAAACAAAUAAUCAAAAUAGAAAUCCAGAUAAGGGAACUGAUAUAACGGGAUUCAUUUCUGAAACUGUAAACAAAAAUGUAUUAACAAUACAAAAUAUUGACGAUAUACCUGUUAUAAAUAAAGAACCCGAAAUAAAUUCUCAAGCUAUGAAGACUGAGAUUUCUGAAAAUAAAGUUGCUGAAAUAGACUCAAUGGAGAUUGACCAAGACAGUCAAGCACAUAAAAUUAUUGAGAAGCGAAACAGUACUGAUGCACUGAAACCUAAAACUCAAGAUACAGAAAAAAAUCUCUCAGAAGGGGAGCUUUCAGAACACAACAGUUCAGAAAUUGAAGCUUUGGAUCUAAAACCCGAAGUCGUUUGCAUCUCUGAUGAUGAAAAAGGAUCAGCUAAAAAGAAGAAGAAGAAAGAUAAAAAGAAAAAAGAUAAGAAAUCUAAAAAGAAGGAUUUUCGGGAAAGCGCCGAUGAAAACUUUUACAGAUAUUCAGAUUGCUUAGAUAAAAAUAAUGCAGCAAAUUCAAAAGUGACUGACAAUUCCAUUGAAGUUACUGGAAUUGAACCUAGUAAUACUGCAGUAGAAAACACUGAAUCAAUUAACGUAAUGGAUGAUGACGUUUAUGAAAUUUUGGAACUAAGUGACGAUUCUUCUUGCUAUGAAGUUGAAGGUACUGUUUUAUCAAAAGAGCCAACUGUAGAAGAAAUUGCUGCUCUUUCUGCUAAAAUAGACGAAAUAGGCAAAGAAGAACGAGAAGAGGUUAUCACAGAAGAAGAGAUAAAAGAAUUUGAGAGAAAAAAUGAGAGUUUAGAAGCGGAUGAUAAUAUUGAAAAUAUUUCUUGGAAGGAUAGAUAUUUAGAUAGCAAGAAAGUGAAGAAAGUUUUAAGUACGUCAAAUAUAUUAAAUGCAUUGAGAAAGAAGAAUAAAGAAUUAAAAAAUAAAUUGGAAGAAAAGAGGAAACAAGAAGAAAAACUGAAACAGAAAGAAAAAGAAAAUGAAGCUAAGAAAGUUCAAAAAAUUGAAGCUGAGAAAGAACUCGUUGAAGAAACUUUGGAAGAAGGUUCUAUUGGACAUUACAACACAUUACAGGGGUCUACUAAAUAUGUUGAUCCUGUUAAAGAAAUUGACAAGACUGAAGAAACAAGUGUGGAAAAACAGAGUAAAGAAAAACAGAUCGAGGGAGACGAUGAAGAUAAUAAGAACGACGAUGAAAAUGCCAAGAAAGGAGUAACAGGAGAAAUGAAGAAAGACGCAAAACAACUAUUGAAAAUGUACAAAAAGUUAUUAAAAUACAAUGACAUGAAUAAACAAAAGCACAAAGAUCCAAAUAAAAAGAAAAAGAAGAAAAGCAAAAAGAAAGAGUCGUCUAAGGAAAGUGUUUCUGCGUAAAGCGCUUCGAAGGAAAUUUAAAAGCGAAGUAUAAUUGUUUAUUUCAUAUAACUACUUGCGUUAGUGAUUGUUAUUAUAUAGAAGCUGAUUUUGUUGAUGACGCAAAAACUUGCGUGCGUCAAUUUAAUUUUUUGUUACAAGAAGUAAAAUAAAUAAAUUAUAUC